UUACUUCUUUUACUAGCUUCGUCCUUAGAAUUUGGUUCGGUUGCUGCCCCUGCUUUGAUUGCAUUGUUGAAAAUGGGUUCAUGUCUUUCGACAAAAGAAUUUAGCGUUAAGGUUCUGCUAACAGUUGUUAAACUUUUUGCAUCCAACGAUUGGGCUAUUCGAGUUGGUCUGCUACAACACAUUGAUCAAUAUGG